AUGACGGAACACGAAGUUCCACGGCGGUCGUCCAGCACGCUCUCCCGCAUAGCUCAGAGGUUCUCAUUCUCUACCAAGACAUCACCCUCCCCGACACCGACCCAGACCAAAACGACUCUAUUCGAGAAGACUCGGGCAUCGAGUUCUACUAGUCAAUCAAGCAAGUCGAGCAAGUCGAGUACCGGACGGAGCCCAGCACGGAGCGGUGAGCUGAGGCGCCAACAAAGGGGCGAAAAGCUUCUUCGCCAAGAGGAAGAGAAGCGCGAACUGGAAGAGCGCCGUAGGAUCGAGUACGAACAAGCUCGCAGUGCCGAGGAUGAAGAAACUCGCGCACGGUACGGCGAAGGCGACGAGUCAGACUACCCGACUGAGCUCACAACCAUCGGCGAGGCAGUCAAGCUCGAUAUCAACACCAAGGUGACCUUCCGAGCGAGGAUCCACACCCAGCGGAACAUCUCGAAACACCUAGACUUCAUUCUCUUCCGCGAUCAAACCGACACGAUUCAAGGCGUAUUGGCACACACGACGCCAAACAUGGUAAAAUGGGUUCAGAGGCUGCAUCCCGAAUCCAUCGUUCAGGUAUCUGGCACUUUGAAGAAGCCCGUCCAGGAAGUAAAGUCUGCACACCACCACCACAUUGAAGUAGAUGUCUACUCCAUCCAUCUCCUCAACCCAGCCAAGGCUCCUCCUUUCACAAACUACCAACCACCAGAGAGCAUGAACUUCAGGUUGAACAACCGCAUUCUCGAUUUGCGACACCCCAGCAACCAAGCACUCUUCCGCGUGAGGGCCAUGAUCACACGCAAGUUUCGCGAAACACUGGACAACGGUGGCUUCAUCGAGAUUCAAACUCCUAAAUUACAGCCAGCAGCCACCGAGAGCGGCGCCGAGGUGUUCAAACUGAACUACUUUGGACGGCGCGCAUUCUUGGCGCAGAGCCCUCAGUUGGCAAAGCAGAUGGCCAUCUCUGCAGACUUCGGCAAGGUGUACGAAGUCGGUCCUGUUUUCCGAGCCGAAAACUCAAACACGCAUCGCCAUCUGACCGAGUAUACCGGACUCGACAUCGAGAUGAAGAUCCACAAGCAUUAUCACGAGCUCAUCAGAGUCAUUGACCAAGUGCUGAAGAACAUCUUCACAGCCGUUCAGGCGAUGCCUGAGCUGAAGAUCAUUCGUGAGCGGUUCCCCAGCGAAGACCUCGUAUGGUUGGACGAAACCCCCAUCAUCCCGUUCCCCGAAGGAUUGCAGAUGCUUCGUGAUGAUGGCCGUGAUGUGGCCGAAGAAGAUCUGUCUACGCCGGAUGAGAUUCGGCUGGGCGAACUGGUCAAGCAGAAGUACGGAACAGACUACUACAUCCUCGACAAGUUCCCCGCCAAUGCCCGCCCAUUCUACACACACAAGGCAGGCGACCCAUUCUGGACUAAUUCCUUUGAUAUCUUCAUCCGCGGGCAGGAGAUUUGCACUGGAGGCCAACGCAUCAACGAUCCCACGGAGCUGCGCAAGAAUAUGGCCGACAAGGGUAUUUCGGAGGACGAGAUGGCCGAAUACUUGGAAGCGUUCGACCUUGGCGCUCCCCCUCAUGGUGGUGCCGGCCUCGGUUUGGAUCGCGUUGUGUUCCUCCUGCUGAACCUAGGAGAUGUACGAUAUGGCACUCUCUUUUAUCGCGACCCGAAGUCAUUGCCCCAGCGGUCGUAUGCUCUGCCACACCCGAAUGCCGACACCACCAAGGCUUGGGCGGGCAAGGAGAUUCCACCACUAGAAGACCUCAUUGCCAACUACGGCGAUGCCAGCAACACUUCAUGGCUUGACGAACGAUUCGAGCUCUGGCGACACAGCAGCGGUGCCGCGGUCGGUUAUGUCAAGCGGGGCAAGUUUGCCAUGGUUACAGGAGACCCUCUCUGCGACCGUGGUCAAUACGAAGAGGUUAUCCCAGCUUUCAUUGAGUUCGUCAAAGACGAGCUCAAGUUGACGCCCGUGUGGAUGUUGGUUUCCAACAAAGUUCAGGAAAUCCUGGGGCGCCGCAUCGGCUGGCGAACCAUGAGCUGCACCGUAGAGCAGCGGGCCGACGCCGAUCAGCACACCACACCCGACGGCCGCGCCGCUCGCCGCGUCAAGAAAGAAGGCAUCAAGGUCCAUGAGCUCAAGCCUGACGAAGAUUUUAUGAGGCGUGCCGAUCAGUCCAUCGAGGCUUGGAAGGAGAAGCGCAAGGGAAAGACUCAAGUCCAUCUCACUGAGAUCCGUCCCUGGAUCGACCAAGCUCAUCGCCGCUACUUCGCCGCCGAAAAGGACGGCAAGGUUCUAUGCAUGGUCGUUCUCGCGCAGCUGGCGCCCCGUUACGGAUGGCAGGUCAAGUGGGCGCUCGACUUCCCCGACGCCCCCAACGGAACGAUCGAAGUCCUUGUCGAGCACGCGCUCUCGUCCAUCUCCGGCCCUGUCACCUUUGGUGCCGGAGUCAGCGAGAAGUUCAUUCCCGGCGAGCACCUGCACGGUGUCAGGGCUAAGUUCCUCAGCAAGACCUAUGCCGGCAUUGUCAAGAGUCUGGGUCUCGGCAAGAAGGCCGAGUUCAGAGACAAGUUUGGAGUCUUGGGCGAGCAGGUGUACCUCUGCUACCCGCGCCGCGGCGUCAGCCUUUUUGAUCUCAAGCAGGUUGUUAAGUUUUUCAUGGAUGAAGACGAGGCCAAGGUUUGA